CAUGGAGGGCUCUUUUGGUGUGAGAAAAGGUGCAUGGACUGAGGAGGAAGAUAUUCUACUUAAGCAGUGCAUUCAGAAGUACGGUGAAGGAAAAUGGCACCUGGUUCCUGUCAGUGCAGGCUUAAAUAGAUGUAGGAAAAGCUGCAGACUGAGGUGGUUGAACUACCUGAAGCCAAAUAUCAAGAGAGGAAACUUCGCCGCAGACGAAGUUGAUCUUAUGCUCAGGCUCCAUAAGCUGCUAGGUAACAGAUGGUCACUUAUUGCAGGUAGACUUCCGGGAAGAACAGCUAAUGAUGUGAAAAACUAUUGGAACACACACCUCCUCAAAAAGGGAAGUUCACACAUCACCAAGCUGAAAGAAAAGCCCCAAGAUAUGGUGAAAGUGAACGUAAUAAAGCCACAACCUAGGACCUUCUCCAAAAACUUAACUUGGUUAAGUGGGAAACCUGCAAUUGUAGGAAGCUUUAAAAAAAAAGAAGAUAUCAGAGACAUAUCUCAAACACCAAUGCAAUCGGAGAGUAGGAUUAACUGGUGGGAAAGCUUGCCAAAUUGCGGGGAACUUGAUGAGAGAGCAACAUGUACGCAAUGUGGCAGGUUGAAUGAAGUGCCCAGAGAAACCUUUUGGGCGGAGGGAAUAGUACCAGAGGCAAAAGUUGUGGGGGACACUCUAGAUGAGGAUGUCCUCAAUUAUUGGGGUGACUUAUCUCUUGAUAUGGACCUUUGGGAGGUUCUCAAAGCAGAAUAGGAAUAAUCAUAUAAGGCAAAAAAAAAAAAA